AUGGGAUCGGUUUAUGAGUCUGCAUUGUGGGUUGCAAGUUGUAUUGGUACUGGUGAGACCAUCAGUGUGAUGGAGCCCGGCUUGAUGUCUGAUGGCGAAGAAGCCAAACUCGCCAGGAUGAGACUCAGAGAAAACUUUGAUCAAAUACCAUACUUUGAUAGGGUAUGGAUCAAACAGGAAAUUAUUCUUGCACGUGAUAUCACGAUCUUUUACGGACUGAAAAAGAUCUCAUGGGAAAAGUUUGAUCUAUUGAUGAACAUGGAGCGGAGACUAUUGGAGCGGAAGUUGAAUUCAGAAGAAAGUGCCGACUCUGGUAUUUUCGAUGCAAUAGAUAAUGGGCAAUGGUCAAGUGGUUUUUACGAAUUAAAUCGAGCACAAGAGAUGCUACUCCAGGAAACCGAGAUGGAUUCUGCUAUAUCACAACUUUGCAAUCAUCGCUCAAGACCAGUGUCUGCAAAGGCUACCAAUUCCAGGGAUAAAAUAUAUGCACUUCUCUCCCUUCUUCCAGAAGAAGACCCCAUCCGGCAAAACUUAGUGGUUGACUAUGGACAGCCUACAUUCAGUUUAUUUCACACAAUUGUAAGAUUGGUGUACAGCGCGUACGAAGAUAUAAAAUAUGAACAAAAGCAUCAGGUCUUGGGUUUAAUCAGGGAAUGGCUAGAGAUUGAUGAAACGAACGCGGAAAUGAAUGAUUAUCUGAAAUCUGUUCCCUCUUCACCAUCCGAUUGGCUACCUUCUUCGGUUUCAGAUUUGGCAGGUCCUUGGCUUAAUGGAAUUGAUCCUCAUAUUAUGCUCGAUAUCAUGGAAAUGUGCGAUUUAGGCCCGCAAGAUGAACUCAACGUUAGCUUGAAUCUCAAAGCUCAAGAGUACACGCCUUUAGCCUUACUCAAACACAUUAACACGUGGCGGCGAGAUGAUGAGAAAUGGACCAAGAAAGAUAUACAUCAGCUUGUGCCAAUCGACCUUAAAACAACAAGAGUUGCCUUUAUACGUCCAGCUCUACACACAAGUAUUUCUCCAAAUAUGAAAGAGUUUCUGGUCAAUGCAGAUGUUCGAGUCGGAGAUGUCAUUGCAAAGAUACUUUGGGAUGGGCCCAAAUCUUCCUACCACAUCACAGCUGUCCGAACUGUAGCACAUGCUGUUUUGCGGGCAGUGAAUGGUAAAGACAAAGAUAAUGGAGAGGAUAUCCUCGACGACUCUGCCAUGGACACUUCCGAAGAUAUGUUUGAUAGCUCUUCGAACCACCCCUCAGAACAAGGGGAUAGCCCAGGAGUUCUUCUCAAACUCCACAGCUGGGCGAUUCCGGUCGGCCAAGAUCUUACCCUACUGACUGAGAAUGAAGAAUCGGAUUCUUCUUAUUCACACCAGAAUCAAAGCUUGGAUAGAUUAAAGCUACACCAUCGGGAUUUGUUGAUACCACUGAUUUUGAACAACAAACCGCUACAUGCAUUGCUGUAUCCUACACCUAAAGGUUCAUACUUUUCAACAGUUCAUUCGGGCAAUGACGCGGAAUCUUGGAAUCAAAAUCGCCAGCCCAGCUCUCCUUCCAAGAGUGAAGUAGAUUAUAAUUAUCUCAGAGAUGUACUGGGUUGA